GAAUAACUUUUACCAAUCAUAAAAACUAAGUUUACAUAGAUUUAUCUGCCUUUUCUUAUCAAUUGUUUACAUACUUGUGUCUGUAAACAUAACCUUCAAGACAGAGCUCUUUCAGUACUAGCUUUCUACAAUGAGUUUUGACGGAUACAAAGAAAUAAUUGAAGAAGACGAUUUGGCGAUUUUAUACCUGAAUCCAAAUUCAAUGUACCCUGUGAAAGUGGUGCAAACGGUCGUAGAUAAACUUGGAAAAACUGUUGAUAAUGUGUUUCAAACUACUUAUGGCGCGUUGAAAGUUAAGGAUUUGAUCGGGAAAAAGUUUGGAUCAAAAGUGAAUCUUUCAAAAGGGUGGGCUUAUGUGUUACAUCCUACACCUGAACUUUGGACUCUCACUUUACCUCAUAGAACUCAGAUAAUCUACACCCCAGACAUCAGCAUGAUAAUAAUGCAGCUUGAACUUCAACCUGGGAGCGUAGUGGUUGAAUCAGGAACUGGAAGCGGAUCCCUAACCCAUGCGCUGGCUCGCAGUGUGAGGCCUUCAGGGCAUGUCUACACCUUUGACUUCCACGAGCAGCGAGUGGCCGUGGCUCGUGAGGAGUUUUCCAUUCAUCGGAUAGACAAGGUUGUGACGUGUGCUCAUCGUGACGUGUGCAAGGAUGGCUUCGGAGACGAGGUGAGAGGCAAGGCGGACGCUGUGUUUCUGGACCUCCCACAUCCUUGGCUAGUCAUUGACCACAGUAUCGACGCUAUAAAGAGUUCAGGUGGGAGGUUCUGCUCAUUCUCGCCCUGUAUAGAGCAGGUACAGAAGACCUGCCAGAGGCUGCAGACAGCUGGCUUCACGGAUAUCCUCACCAUGGAGUGUCUUCGGCGGGAGUACAGCGUCCAGAACAGAUCUUUCCCGUUGGAGAGGACUGACAAUAGUGACUCCACAGCCAAAGUUCAGACAUUACCGUGUAUGGUGCUACCAGCCUCCUUGCCUGGGCACACCGGGUACCUCACCUUCGCCUCUCUGCCGCCCCUCUGGGCAAGGGUGUCCGCCCCAUCGGACACAGCCCUGGACACUACCACCCCCGAGGUGGAGUUGCAGACGACGUGACAAUAAAUGCUGUUAUAUUGA